GAGUCCAGCCGCUGCGGCUCGCUCAGAAAGCUUCACCUGCUGGAGUGGAGUGUCCUCCCUGGGCAGGCGCUGCUGCUUCUGCAAGAUGGACUCACAGCACAGCAAAAUGAACGGUGACCUUUUCCAGGAAUCUAGGUACAUUGAAGACUCCCCCAAUAAGAAUGGUGUGAUUUCUUUGAUUUUCUCCCUGAAAGAAGAAGUCGGGGCAUUGGCYAAAGUUCUGCGCACAUUUGAGGAAAAGGGUAUAAACCUGACCCACAUUGAGUCCCGACCUUCCCGUCUCAACAAGGAUGAGUAUGAAUUCUUCAUCAACUUGGAAGGCAAGAAUGUCCCAGCGCUGGACAAGAUCCUCAAGUCCCUGAGAAGUGACAUUGGAGCGACAGUCCAUGAGCUGUCCCGGACAAAGAAGAAGGACACUGUGCCGUGGUUCCCAAGAAGCAUCCAGGAGCUGGACAGGUUUGCCAAUCAGAUCCUAAGCUAUGGAGCAGAGUUGGAUGCUGAUCACCCUGGGUUCAAGGAUCCCGUGUACCGCGCCCGCAGGAAGGAAUUUGCGGAUAUCGCCUACAACUACCGACAUGGCCAGCCUAUUCCUCGUGUCACCUACACGGAGGAGGAGAAGAAAACCUGGGGCACGGUGUUCAGGGAGCUGAAGACUCUGUACCCAACCCAUGCCUGCUACGAGCACAACCACGUGUUCCCWCUGCUGGAGGAAUACUGUGGCUACCGGGAGGACAACAUUCCCCAGCUUGAAGAUAUCUCAAAUUUCUUGCAGAGCUGCACCGGGUUUCGCCUGCGCCCUGUGGCAGGAUUGCUCUCCUCUCGGGAUUUCCUGGCGGGGCUGGCGUUCCGSGUGUUCCACUCCACGCAGUACAUCCGCCACGCUUCCAAACCCAUGUACACCCCCGAGCCGUGAG